UAAUGAUGAAAAAAAAAUUUUUAAUCAUUAAUAGAAUUAGUGAAAAUUUCUUCUUUUUUUUGCAAUUCAUUGAUUAAAAGAUAUGAGUAUUUUCCGAGGGAAAAAAAAAAUAAAAUCAUGGACACGCCCUACUACAUAUGUUCAGGAUUAGUGAUGUAUAAACGCAAUUUCAAAUGAAAUUUGUAACUCAUUGAGACUACAGACUCUCGUCAGAGUGUUUCGUCAAAGCAAUUCGCGAAGCAACUAUUUUGGCAAUUCUGUAAAUUUUAAUUAUCUAGAUAACUAAAAAUGUUAUUUGAAAAAUUUAAAUCAACUUUUUUUUAAAGAUUUUGAAAAAAUUGGAAUUUUAGCCAAAGAAAUCAUGGAGUUUGCCAAUUAUCUACAGGCAGAAGAAGAUGAGUUAAUGAAAUUGAAUAAUCUGCAAGGAAUCUCUCCAAUUUCUCCGAGAAGACCAAAAAGUUCGCUUUCUAUCAAUCAACAAAACUACAAUAAUUUAUCUUUAUUGUCUCCAACUUACGAUACAAGUCGACGGCAUUUUUCUGCAAGUUUCGUCUACGAUCAAAUAAAAGCCGAUGAACAAUUAUAUGAUAAACUGAAUAAAUCUUACAAUUCUCUGAAAUCACCGCUAAAUAUUUAUCCAGAAUCUCAAGAAAUCAAAAAAUCUCAAGAGACAAAAAUAAACAUUGAAGAUACAUCAUCAUUUAUAAUUGACGAUUCUUAUAUCGAGAAAGCUCUCAAUGAUCUGAAAAAUCAAGAAUUUGAAGGAUUAAAUUUACUGAAUUUCAUUCAGCAAAUUAUAAAUGAUGACGACUUGAAAAAAUUAUUACAAAUGGAAUCGGGAAUUAUUCCCGAAAAAAAUGGAAUUAUCUUUCCAGACAGUGAUAUAGAGUUUAAAAAUCGUGCAUUUAUAUGGGCAUCAUUUCGUGGUUUAUUACAUCUUCUACCCAAGUUGGAAGCUUCAGGAGCUGAUGCUCACAAUACAUGUUUCAGUGGAACAAGUGCAAUGAUGACUGCCUGUUAUUCGGGACAUAAAUCCUGUGUACAAUAUCUUAUUGAGAGAAAUGUUGAUUUAAAUUACGUGAAUCCUAUCGACGGUCGGAAUUGUUUACACUUUGCGGUAGCUGGAAACUCCUACGAAACGGCAAAAUUACUCCUUGAUAAUGGAGCGAAUUUAAAUUAUCCAGGAAUAUCAAAAACAAAUCCACUUUUGCAUUAUGCCAUCAAAGCUAAAAAUGAAUCAAUUGUUGAAUUAUUUCUUGAACGUGGUGCCGAUCCAGCUGAAAAAAAUAGUCUUGGCGAAACUCCACUUCAUGUCGCGUGUUCCGUCUACUCGGUGAAUUGUUGUCGAAUGUUAAUGGAAAAACCCCAAAUUGAUAUUAAUGCAAUUGAUGUGAUGAAUCGAACACCACUUCACUAUGCUACCAUGUCAUCGUGGUGUGAUUUUCGAUUAAUUGACAUUCUUGUUAAACAUGGAGCACACGUAAAUGUCAUUGAUAAAACUGGAUUUUCACCACUUCAUAUUGCAUCGUUAAAUGAAAAAUCAAAAUGCUCGGAGACACUUAUUUGGAAUGGUGCCGAUGUCAGUUGUACCACAAGUAAAGGUGUAUCAGCAUUAAAUAUAAUUCUUCGUAAAAUUCCCGAAUCAUUUGAAGUGUUUCGUGUAAAAAUGGAUUCAUCAAUUAAAUUAAAACGUCCAGGUUGUCAAAAUCGUGAAAUUGAAAUGAGUUUGGAUUUUAAAACGCUUUUACCGAGUUGUAAUAAAAAACCUGAAACAAGUGUUAUUAAUACAUUUAUUGUAGAAAAUCGAAAGGAACUUUUGUCACAUCCACUAAUUAGGGCAUUUUUAUAUCUGAAAUGGAAGAAAAUUCGAAGAUUUUAUCUUUUCAAUAUUUUUCAAUAUACUUUGACAAUUAUUUUCAUGACAGCUUAUAUAUUAACAGCGUUAUCAUUUAAAUGCUAUAAUUUCACCACAGAAAACAAUAAAAUUGAUUCACAUUUUAUUUGUCAACAUUUUUCCAAAUGGAUCAUUGAAUUUGAAUGGUAUAUGUGGUUGACAUUGACUUGUUGUAUAUUACCGCGAAAAUUAUUAACAUUCUCAAUGAAUAGAUGCAUUAAACAGUGUUUGUGGAAUUUAGAGAAUUUUCUUGAUUUAAUAAUGAUCUCGAGUGUUUAUAUCACUUCGUUUAUUUACACGGGUAAAAAUUAUGAUUGGCAAAAUUAUUAUGGCGCAUUUGCGAUUCUUAGCGCUUGGACAAAUUUAAUGUUGAUGAUUGGACAACUUCCAACAUUUGGUACAUACGUUGCAAUGUUUACUCACAUUCAAUAUGAAUUUGCUAAACUUUUGUUUGCCUAUUCGGGAUUACUUCUUGGAUUUACAUUGAGUUUUUGUGUGAUUUACACGAGGGAACCAUCAUUUCGAAAUCCAUUCACGGGAUUGAUUAAAGUUCUUGCAAUGAUGGCUGGUGAAUUGGAUUUUGAAGGACUCAUUAGUCUAUCACAUUUGAAUGAUAAUUUUUCAAAUAGUUUUUUUCAUCCACUUGCGAUUUGUGCACAAAUUCUAUUUUUAAUUUUCAUUAUUUUUAUUGUCAUUAUUUUAAUGAAUUUACUUGUUGGCAUUGCUGUUCAUGAUAUUCAGGGUUUAAGAAUGCAUGCAGGUGUCACAAAAUUGGUACGACAAACGAAACUUAUUCUCUACACGGAAGCUGUGCAGUGUACAAUAAAAUUUACCCCACUUUUUGCGAUAUUGAUACCUAAACAUGAAAUGCGAAGUUUGUAUGAUAUUUUUGUGGUAAAACCAUUAAAUCCAAUGGAAAAAAGUCUUCCUAAGGAUAUUUUGAAGGCUGCUUUUGAAAUUGCUCGUAAACGUAAUCCAAUAAUGGACGAUAAGAGUGAUCGCGAUGGUUAUAAAAAAGAUUCAUGGACAGAGGAAGGAAUGGAAGAGAAUUUACGAUCAACCUUAGAUUCGGCUGUGCAAAAAAUUACAUUGCAGAUGAAAACUGUUACUGAUGAGAUACACAAUGUCAGAGAUCAGUUUCGGGAUGUUAAACAAAUUUUAGAAUCGAUUAGACUGAAAUUACCAUAGUUAAAU